UCAUCAUAAGGGAGUCAAGGGCUGAGUGUCAGUCCCUACACACAACAACAAUCCAGCCCAUUAGAAUUACAAUCUUUUGUUCCGGUAUUCGAGAGGAGACAUGGAUUUCUAUGCAACUUCUCAAUACCCUGAGGGGGUCAUCAGCUUCCUCGACACUGAUCUUUACAAAUUAACUAUGCAAUGCGCCGUCUUGAAAUACUUCCCCAGCGUGCAAGUAACAUACGCGUUCAAGAAUAGAACGCCGGAGAAGAAGUUAUCAAGAGCUGCAUUUCGUUGGUUACAGCUUCAAAUUAGUAGUACGUGCUCACCAUUUCAUUGUCAAUUCAGAAAAAAGCUGACGAACAUUAGAGCUGGGAAAUAUUGCGCUCAAGGAUGAAGAAUUCCGAUUCCUUCAAAAUACCUGCACGUACCUAAAUCAACCUUACCUCAACUUCUUGAAGGAGUUCCGACUUGAUCCGCGAAAUCAAAUCGAGGCUAGCUUUGUGGCAGAUGACAAUAAGGGGAAAGAUGAGGAUUUGGGAGAAAUUAAUUUAGUGGUCAAGGGUUUAUGGGUUGACACUAUCUUGUACGAAAUUCCACUGUUGGCUUUGACCAGCGAAGCGUACUUUCGAUUUAUGGAUACGGACUGGACAUAUGAGGGACAAGAAGAGAAGGCAUACGAGAAGGGAAUAUCGCUUCUGGAGGCCGGGUGCAUUGUAUCGGAGUUUGGAACAAGAAGAAGAAGAGAUUAUCACACUCAAGCUCUUGUAUUUCGCGGGUUGGUUAAGGCUAAGAAGGUCGGAGAAGAACGAGCAUUGCCUGGAAAUAUUUCGGGUACUAGUAAUGUUCAUUUGGCUAUGCGAUUUGGAAUUCCUCCCAUAGGAACUGUCGCACAUGAAUGGUUCAUGGGAGUCGCGGCUAUUACGGAUAACUAUAGAACUGCCACGGCUACUGCGUUGGAUUAUUGGGUUGGAUGUUUUGGGCAGGGUGUUUUGGGUAUUGCUCUUACGGAUACUUUUGGUACUAAAGACUUUCUCCGGGUCUUUUCUCAAAAAAUCCCAUCCUUCACAACCGCUACUUCAGGAGCUGCUGCUACGUUACCAUCGGCUGACACGCUCACAGCUGAGGGAACAAGUAGUACUAAGCCACCUUUAAAUGCCGCGGAACACAAAGCAAACGGAGAUAUCCCAACGUUUGCACAAGCCUUCACUGGUGUUCGACAAGAUUCAGGUGAUCCAGCAAGCUUUGUGAAAAAGAUGCGUCAGUUUUAUGAUGAGCAGGGCAUCAAGGAAAAGAAAACGAUUGUCUUUUCUGAUUCAUUAGACGUUGAGCUUUGCAAAAAGUACAAGAAAAUAGCCGAAGAAUCAGGGUUUCAACCUACAUUUGGUGUGGGUACAUUCUUCACGAAUGAUUUCGUUCAUCAAUCUACAGGCAAAAAGUCGACGCCGUUGAAUAUCGUCAUCAAAUUAAGUUCUGCCAAUGGUAAACCGGCUAUCAAGAUUAGUGAUAAUAUUGGGAAGAAUAUGGGCGAUGAAAGUACAGUUCUGAGGGUUAAGAAGGACUUGGGUUAUGUGGAAGAGGAGUGGCAGGGAGGUGAUGAGACAACGAGAUGGGGAAAGGAAGGAGAGGAUGUUGUGAAGCAAUGAAAGGUGAUGUGCAUAUUAAGCCAUGACAUAUUAUGAUUGUGCUAAUGGGCAGUGGAAAAUAUACCAUCGGUAUAGAUGGCGUUUGUUGGGUGGCAUUUUAUUUUUAUUUUUACUUUGGGAUAUCAAAGCACCUUUGGGGUAGAGAAGUUGAUUGUUAAUGAAUGCUAUAGAUUAGUGGAUGUGCUCUAAUGAGAAAUGAUUAGGAUACCAAAAAUCCUUACUACUCGCUCCCACAAAGCUCUAGCCACUUAUAACUAUUUGGGGAAGAGAUUUGUCUUGGGAAAUAGUCAUUGAUAUAAUUGUCUAGUGGUAGAGAAAUUUUGAAACUCUGUCCCCCUGGUUUCGAUCUUCUAGGGAAGCAAACUUAAUCAUAACUUUCCUUCUCGAUUUUUACCCGAUAGGACACAUCUGACCUAACUAAUCUAAUUUCACAAUUCUUAACGCUCUUUCUCUCUCACUCCCUCUCUCUU